AUGUCAAAUUAACUGAGAAUCUCUGAUGUUUAUGUGUUGUGCGUUGUGCAUAAAAAUAUUAGUUUAGUUUACCCGUGUCAGUUCAGUGGUAAUUAGUGAUUGAAAAUGAUGAAUUCUAUGGGAAUGCACAUGCAACAAUCUGGCGUAGUACCCGGAGGCCCGGGUGGAUCAGUAGGCAUAGCCGGUCCAGUCGGUGUGUCACCGGUAAUGAUGCAGUCUCCCCAGAUGCAGCAACAACAAGCGGCUCAGCAGCAGCAACAGCAAGCACAAUCUCAACAACAGGCACAACAGACCGAGAAAGUGGACAACAUCUCCAAGGUAAAAGGACUGGUUGGACCCCUGCGAGAUGCUUUGUCCACAACAAUCAAAACUGCCGCACAGUUGUUGCAGCAAAACAACCUGAACGAUGCCGGAACCAAAGGGACUGAUCUGGGUGCAAGUACUCCCAGAUUCGAUAAGCAUCUAGAGGAAUUCUAUUCGAUUUGUGAUCAAAUUGAACUGAAUCUUAAAACUGCCAAGUUAUGCAUGCAGCAAGGGGCUUCAUCGCAGCAGUAUCUUCCCAUUCCUGUGGCACCCACGCAACCGAAUCCUGCCGAGACGAACGCGCUCUCUUACAGCCAAUACUUGGACGUAGUCAAAAUUCAAAUCGGUUACGCGAAAGAUAUACACGAUACUCUGAUCUGUGCUGCCGCAAAUAUUUCUCCGGCCGAAUGAUAGAAAUAUUAGGGUUUUGUCAUAUUUUGUUUUAACUUUUUUCUUUAUUUGAGAUGGCAACUAGAACUAAACACUGUAAAAUAAAUUAAUCCAAUAAGA